CUCCUCCACCCAGCAACAAACAGUUAAAAGAAGACGAAACGCAGCGUUUUGGAGGUAGAGAACAAGAGGUUGAAGACGAAUACAGAGAGCAUAUAUAUAAAGCAAACGAAAGAGAGAGUCUUUUUAUACAAUUUGGUGACAUGGCGAAUCAGUCGUCUCCAUCUUCUUCUAUCUACUGUGCUUCUUUCAAUCAAGAUAACAGUGGGUUUGCGAUAAGUUCGAGAGAUUCCUUCAAGAUAUUCGAUUCCACUACAGGCAGACUCUGUUAUGAACGAGCUGCUGGAGCUUUUGUUAUUGUUGAGAUGUUGUAUAGCUCUGAUCUUCUUGCACUUGUUGGAGCUGGUGAACAGGCUUCUCUAUCUCCACGGCGGCUCUGCUUGUUCAAUACCACAAAGGGUGCUCCUCUUAAAGAACUCAACUUUUUGACUUCUAUACUCGCUGUCCGUAUGAACAAGAAACGGCUUGUUGUUGUGCUUGUGGAGAAGACAUUCGUGUACGACUUGAAUACGCUUGUUAUGCUUGAUACUAUUGACACCGCGCCAAAUCCAAAAGGUCUCUGUGCGUUCUCUCCGAGUCUUGAAGGCUGCUUUUUGGCUGUUCCGGCUAGUACAACGAAAGGAGCUGUUUUGGUUUAUAACGUCAUGGAUUUGCAGUCUCACAGUGAGAUUGAUGCACAUCGUUCUCCAUUGGCUGCGAUUGCCCUUUCUUCAAAUGGAAUGUAUAUUGCUACAGCAUCUGAGCAAGGAACUUUGAUCCGAGUCCAUCUUGUUUCUGAUUCAACCAAGUCAUAUAGUUUCAGGAGAGGAACAUACCCAUCAACUAUAUACUCACUCUCUUUCGGACCAUCCACACAGCUACCUGAUAUAUUGAUUGCAACGAGCUCUUCAGGCUCUGUUCAUGCCUUCUCUUUAAUGUUGGCCAUAAACCAAAGAAGCAAAAGGUCUACUAGCUUUCUUGGAUCAGUUCUUCCCGACAGCGUGAGUGAUGCACUAGACCCAGCGCAUCAUCACGUGCUUCAGAAUGCAGUUUCUUCCGGAAUUAGAAGUUAUGCAGUGGUUAGGAAGGUAGACAAACUUGAAGGAACAUCAUCUCCAUCUCAGUUUACAUCUAUUAGGGCGACGGUAUCGGUGAUUACAUAUAGUGGGUAUUUCCAGGAGUAUACGCUGAGUAUCAAUAACAAGAAUGAAUCGUUAUGGACACUGGAACGUGAGUUCAACCUCUACCCCGUAAUCAGCAGUUGAUAUUAUUAGUACUAACCCAAAUACCAAAGAUAUCAAAGUACAUGCCAGCUUCUUCUUUUUGUAUAUAAAACAAUAUGUACUUAGGUUUCAUCAAAGAUUGUUUUGUUGUUGUCUCA